GAAAAAUGCCUCUAAAAAUACUGUAGAACUUUGCAAUAAUUUUUAAUAAAUAUUGCAAUAUUUCACAAAUUUUUGCAAUAUUACAACAUCCAGUACCAAGAACAAAGAACUCGGAGAGAGGUAAAUAAUUUCUAACAACAUAGCGAGGUCACAAGCUUUUGCGCAACAUCCGACCGUGCGGUCGGCCGCGCAUGCGCUGUAGUCUUCGACCGCACUUUCUCACCGCUGCGGUCGGCAGUUCUGGCAGCAGCACGAUCCGAAGAGGACAGGAGACACUCCAGGAAAUUUCUCCACUUAGAGCCAUGCAUAUUCACAAAAUGUUCAAGAGGAUGCACAAGAAACAUGGGGGGCCUCCUCCUCCCGGAAUGUUUCAUGGGAUGCAUGGAAUGUGGCACCACAUGAUGCCUAAACCACACGAAAUGUGGCACCACACGAUGCCCAAGUCACAGGAAAUGUGGCCACCGCAUAAGUCCCCCAGAAUGGGGCAUCCCAUGAGGCAUCCUCUAAUGUUUCACAAAAUGCACCAUAAGAUGCAUAAAAAGUAUCAUAAGAAACAUCAUGAGCGCCCUUCCUCCUCUUCCUCUUCAAGCUCCAGCGAAAGCGAAGAUGAAUCUCUAGCCGAUGGAAUCGAUAAAGUCCAAAUCGGCGAGGAACAGCAGUGUAAAGAGAAUUCUGGAAAUGAAAAUCCAGCACCUCCUGGUGAUGGUGCAGAUGUAUGCAAGGGAAGAUUUAAAUGUAAAAAGGAUAAACGUUUUAAAUCUAAGGAUAAGAAAGAUAAAUGCAAAUAUUGUUUUAAACGGAUGCAAAAGGAUGGUUUCAAUCCAUGUUGGAUGCAAUGCGCUUUUAUGAGCGAACCACCUUGUAGGGACCCAAGGUACAAUAAAGGAAUAUUUAACCUACCACCACCAGAAACUAGCUCCAAUACAGAAGAAGGUAGGGCAGAAACUGAACACAAUGCACCUGAAGAUGCUACUCGUCAGGUACAAUUUGAGGAACAAACUGGUCCUGAUAAAACAAGAAUUGCUGGUCAACGUUCACUAAGACGUGGUCAGAGACGUGGAGAUAGUAUUGAUUAUUUUAUGCAAAGUAUUGCUGAACAAAUUAAGAAAUUACCCGAAGCUAAGAUUGCAGAGGCGAAAUUGAAAAUAUUAGAAGUAGUGAAUGAAAUGCAACUAGAUACAGCUCCAGAACAAUCUACUGCAGCUGAAGCUAUGGUUUUGGAAAAUCAACAGUCCCAAGAACAUCCAGAAUCGCAAUCUGUAUCUUAAUUUAUCAAUUAAAGAUGGUUUUAUCUAGCUUUAGUGCUAUAAUUGGUUGCUGGGAUCAUUAUUAUUCACUGAGAAAUAAAAUUUAUUUCAUUUUAAAUUAUUUAUAGUAAUAUAACAUUUGAUAGAAGUAUUUAUACCAAAUUCUGUUUAUAUCUUAUGUAAUGAAGAAAUACAUAUAAGUAUUUACAUCACGAUGUGUUUUUUGUUUUUAUUCCUAUCUUCCUGUCACUUAUUCACUGGAUAGUUAUAUUUUAGGAACUUAAAAA